AAGAAAUUGAUAAAGAAAAAUCACUUUCAGGAGAAUUUUGAUGUCUAGAUUCAGAGAGAUAUGGGAAUAAAAGAGGAUCCAACUAGAUUCGUCAGGUUGAAGAGAGAAGAAUGUAAACGUACUAAACAUGAUUCUGCUUUCUCCGAAUGGAAGGUCCUAAUUGGUCCUUCCGACUGGGAAAACUAUCUAUUGCGCAAGGAAGGUGUAGAGAGAUAUAGAAAUCAUAACCUUCCACUUACAUGCUCAUGUCCUGGAUUAUAUGAGCUUGGAGUAGCUUCAACUCGGAGCAAUUCAGGCCGUCAUGUCCGCAAGCUUGAUCAAAAUGGAAUCAUCGUUGUAUACCUCGGACAAGCUGAUAAUAUUAGGUCAAGACUUCAGGAUUACGUUCGGGCAGGUUCUCAUUUGGACCGUGGAAAAUCAACCAAUAAUCUGAAUGCAGAUAGCAAUUUUGUGUACCAACGAGGACCUGGAUUGUUCAAGGAGAUAUUCUCCAAGGGCUUUCCCAUUGUGUUUAGAUGGGCUUCGUUAGAAAACAAGAAAGAAGCGGAGAAAACAGAAACACAACUGCUCCGUGUCUUUGAUUACGCAUGGAAUACAGGUGGAAAUGGUGCUCGCCGUCCCAAUGAUAUUCUCCUGAAGCUUGACAAGAUUAAUUCAAGCACCAGCCCGUUUCCUAAUGUCACCAGAAAACUUCACCAAUGGCUGUUGGUGCUGGAACAACCAUUUAUUAGAAAGAAGUCUGGCAUUCGAAUUAAAUCAGUCUCACCAGUCAAAUCAGAUGGAAGUAAUGAUCAGACCAGUGUGGAUUCCCAUUCUCGAGUUUUCAAAUUUGGCAGAACACAACCUCGGUUAGUGUUUGAUAAAUGUGAUAUGAACGAGGAAGAUGCAGUUAUUUGCGGGGUUUCCUUAGGUGAUGGUUCUGUCUGCAGAGUGAAACCUGUUCGAGGUAGGAAAAGAUGUGAAGAACAUAAAGGGAGGAGAAUAAUUGGUUGUGUUCCGGAAUCAGUAAAAGAAAACAAAUCAGUUGUUUGUGGUGUGCAUUUGGAAGAUGGGUCUUGUUGCAUAGAAAUCCCAGUUCAGGGAAGGAAAAGAUGUGAAUUGCAUAAAGGAAUGAAAAUCAGCACUUCAAGAAGUGUCCAGGAUAAAGGAAGUACAGUAAGUAAGUCAGACACCAUCUUAGAGAGUGAGGAGCAUUCCAUCAUUUGUGGUGUUUUGUUAAGUGAUGCAUCUGUUUGUAAUGCUAGACCGGUUGACGGAAGGAAAAGAUGCGAAUUACACGAAGGAAUGAAUCUCCGCACUUCAAUAAAUGUCCAUGAGAAAGGGAGUCCAGUAAGUAAUUCAGAUCCCAUCUCUGACAGGAAAUCAGAGAAUGAGGAGAAGUGCAUCAUCACUUGUGGGGUUUUGUUAAGUGAUGGAUCUAUUUGUAAUGUUAGACCGAUCGGAGGAAGGAAAAGAUGCGAAAGGACAAAGAGCUAACAAUGUCUCCAUUAUGAAGUCGAGAACAGAAGAAAUAACUUCAGUCAUUUGUGGGGUUGGUAUAGGAGAUGGGUCUGUAUGUACUAAAAAUCCAGUAAAAGGAAGGAAGAGAUGUGAAAUACAUAAAGGCAAAAGAAUUACCUAUGUAAGCUUUUGGCCCUUGGUUUACAGGGGUUAUGACUUCCGAUAGGGGAAGAAACGGAUAGGAAUAAAAGAGAGAGAAUGAAGUAUGUUUGUAUUGUGGCAUUCCUUUAAUUUUAUACGGCAAAUUAUGCCUCUGGAGUUCGGUUGUUAAUUUUUUUUUUUUUGCAUCCUAGCUUUCUAAGGUCAGGACUCGGGAGCAAAUUUACGUCAAAACAAUGAUUUGUACUGCUGUAAUAAUCUGAUAGAGCAUUCUUGGAACAUCAUCAAUCAAUGAAAUUGUUUGUUUUCUUA